AUGAACUACCUGCGGCGCCGCCUGUCGGACAGCAACUUCAUGGCCAAUCUGCCAAAUGGGUACAUGACAGACCUGCAGCGCCCGCAGCCGCCCCCACCGCCUCCCGCUGCCCCCAGUACCGGGGCCACGACCGGUCCUGCCACCGCCACUGCCGAGAGGGCCUCUUCGGCCGCCCCCGUGGCCUCUCCGGCUGCCCCUAGCCCUGGGUCCUCGGGGGGCGGUGGCUUCUUCUCGUCACUGUCCAAUGCGGUCAAGCAGACCACGGCGGCGGCGGCCGCCACCUUCAGCGAGCAAGUGGGCGGCGGCUCUGGGGGUGCAGGCCGUGGGGGCGCCGCCGCCAGGGUGCUGCUGGUAAUCGACGAGCCCCACACCGACUGGGCGAAAUACUUCAAAGGGAAAAAGAUCCAUGGAGAAAUUGACAUUAAAGUAGAACAGGCUGAAUUCUCUGAUCUCAACCUCGUGGCUCAUGCCAAUGGUGGAUUCUCUGUGGACAUGGAAGUUCUACGGAAUGGGGUGAAGGUUGUGCGGUCCCUGAAGCCAGACUUCGUGCUGAUCCGCCAGCAUGCCUUCAGCAUGGCACGGAAUGGAGACUACCGCAGUUUGGUUAUUGGGCUGCAGUAUGCCGGAAUCCCCAGCAUUAACUCUUUGCAUUCUGUCUACAACUUCUGUGACAAACCCUGGGUGUUUGCCCAGAUGGUUCGACUGCACAAGAAACUGGGGACAGAGGAAUUCCCUCUAAUCGAUCAGACCUUCUACCCCAAUCACAAAGAGAUGCUCAGCAGCACAACGUACCCUGUGGUUGUGAAGAUGGGGCAUGCACACUCUGGGAUGGGCAAGGUCAAGGUGGACAACCAGCAUGACUUCCAGGACAUUGCGAGUGUCGUGGCACUGACCAAGACAUAUGCCACCACCGAGCCCUUCAUUGAUGCCAAAUACGAUGUACGCAUCCAGAAGAUUGGGCAGAACUACAAGGCCUAUAUGAGAACAUCAGUGUCAGGAAACUGGAAGACUAACACUGGCUCUGCGAUGCUUGAGCAGAUUGCUAUGUCUGACAGGUACAAGCUGUGGGUGGACACAUGCUCAGAGAUUUUUGGGGGACUGGACAUUUGUGCAGUGGAAGCGCUGCAUGGCAAGGAUGGACGAGAUCACAUCAUUGAGGUGGUGGGCUCCUCCAUGCCGCUCAUCGGUGACCACCAGGAUGAAGACAAGCAGCUCAUCGUAGAGCUCGUGGUCAACAAGAUGGCCCAGGCCCUGCCCCGGCAGCGGCAGCGGGAUGCCUCCCCCGGCAGGGGCUCCCACAGCCAGACUCCGUCCCCAGGGGCCCUGCCCUUGGGCCGCCAGAUCUCCCAGCAGCCCACGGGGCCCCCAGCUCAGCAACGACCCCCGCCACAGGGCGGCCCUCCACAGCCGGGCCCGGGCCCCCAACGCCAGGGACCCCCGUUGCAGCAGCGCCCGACCCCACAGGGCCAGCAGCACCUUUCGGGCCUUGGACCCCCAGCUGGCAGCCCCCUGCCCCAGCGUCUACCAAGUCCCACAUCAGUGCCCCAGCAGCCUGCAUCCCAGGCCACACCGCUGACCCAGGGUCAAGGCCGCCAAUCCCGGCCAGUGGCUGGAGGACCUGGGGCACCUCCAGCCGCCCGCCCACCCGCCUCCCCAUCUCCCCAGCGCCAGGCGGGCCCCCCACAGGCUACUCGUCAGACAUCAGUCUCUGGUCAGGCUCCACCAAAGGCCUCAGGGGUUCCACCGGGUGGUCAGCAGCGCCAGGGCCCACCCCAGAAACCUCCAGGCCCUGCUGGUCCCACGCGCCAGGCCAGCCAGGCGGGUCCCAUGCCCCGCACUGGGCCACCCACUACGCAGCAGCCGCGACCCAGUGGCCCGGGCCCCGCUGGACGUCCCACCAAGCCACAACUGGCCCAGAAACCCAGCCAGGAUGUGCCACCACCUGCCACUGCUGCUGCCGGGGGACCCCCACACCCCCAGCUCAACAAAUCCCAGUCUCUGACCAAUGCCUUCAACCUUCCAGAGCCAGCCCCGCCCAGGCCCAGCCUUAGCCAGGACGAGGUGAAAGCUGAGACCAUCCGCAGCCUGAGGAAGUCUUUCGCAAGCCUCUUCUCCGACUGA